GUGGCCGCGCAUGGUAAGCGUGGCGACAUGAACGAGCAAAAUGAGUCCUGACGUCACUCAGGCGCCUGGCUCUCCUCUGGGCCACCACCGCUCCUGCAAAACGACGAGAAAAUCUGAUACCUACCCUCAAAUAUCAAAGCUAAAAUGAGAAUAAUUGCAACAUAUUUUUUAUCUGACCAGGAGAAUCAAUUUUGGCUCAUUUCGGAGCUCGAAGGAGUUCAGCUAGUUUACGUGAACGGAUUUUCUCCAUUCGCUAUUGUUAGCGAGGAAAAACACAGGAUCGGCUUGACCACGUAAAUCGGAUGGACUGUCCUGUAUAAGUUGUGGUCGGGUGGAAAUAAUUAAGCUUAUUGGAUAAGGAAAACUGGCACUUCUUGUCAUGAAUGUAGUGCCAAAAGUUUUUUUUCAGAUCUACCAAAUUUAAUCACAUAAGACAGAUCAUUUAAUAGUUCUUCUCCGUACACGAACUUUUCCUCAAACAUGUACGGCAGUGCUCGCUCUGUUGGCAGGGCAGAUGCAAACCACAGUGGAGGAAGAGAUGGAGGUAGUACAGGUCAGGCCUCAGGCCGGUCCCCACGCCUCCCACGAUCCCCUCGUAUGGGACACAGGCGUACAAACAGUACUGGUGGAAGUGGAGGAGGGCCUGGCGGAGCCGGAGGAAAGACACUCUCCAUGGAGAACAUUCAGUCCCUUAAUGCUGCAUAUGCUACCUCUGGUCCUAUGUACCUGAGUGACAAUGAAGUGGCCAUGGCGGGAGACCACCUUCCGAAGGGUGGCGGCACAAUAACCACUAUAGGAAGACAAAGGGUGACAUAUGCUGCCAGGAGUAGUGGUAGUGGUGGCGUGGCUGCAAGUACUCCUAACAUUUCCACCACAGUGCCUGCUAAUGCUGUGCUGCCAGCUGGUAUGAUGGGAGGUGACGCUCUGGCAUUUGGUGACCACCACAUGGCCUCUACUGUGCCCCAUUCUCUAAGGCAAGCCAGAGACAACACCAUACUGGACCUGCAGGCCCAGCUUAAAGAGGUUCUUCGCGAGAAUGACCUGUUACGAAGAGAGGUGGAGGUCAAAGAGAGCAAGCUUAGCUCAUCCAUGAAUUCAAUUAAAACCUUCUGGAGUCCCGAAUUAAAAAAGGAACGGGCUCUAAGAAAAGAUGAAGCUUCCAAGAUUUCAGUGUGGAAGGAACAAUAUCGUGUUAUUCAAGAGGAGGCACAGCACCUCCAGAUGACCAUUCAGGCUCUUCAGGACGAGCUGAGGAUCCAGAGGGAUUUGAACCAGUUGCUCCAACAGGACCCAGCCAGCCAAGGCCGAGACCUGGCCCUGACCUCUGAACCCACUGAGGAGAACUACCGGAGACUGCAUGCUGAACACGAGAGGCAAGCCAAAGAGCUAUUUCUGCUCCGGAAGACCCUGGAGGAGAUGGAGCUGAGAAUCGACACGCAGAAACAAACACUAGGAGCAAGAGAUGAAUCCAUUAAAAAACUGCUGGAGAUGCUACAGAGCAAAGGGCCAUCUGCAAAGGCAUCAGAGGAGGACCAGGAGCGCACCAGGAGACUAGCGGACGCAGAGAUGCACAGACAUCAUCUGGAGAGUUUGCUGGAUCAACGAGACAGAGAGAUUUCAUCCCUGAGAGAAGAGUUGCACCGCAGGUAUGAGGGAACCCCAGAGUCCACAAAAACCAAAGCUCUACAAACUGUUAUUGACAUGAAGGAUGCCAAAAUUGGUUCAAUGGAGAGAAGCUUGCGAGACAUGGAAGAGGAGCUGCUAAUGCUAAAAUCCAAUGGACUCUUGAGUUGUGAAGAACGCCAGGAGGAGAUGAAACAAAUGGAGGUUUACCGUAGCCAUACAAAGUUCAUGAAAAACAAGAUGGAGCAGGUGAAGCAGGACCUCUCCAGGAAAGACACAGAGCUACUGGGCCUGCAAACCAAGCUGGAGACUUUAACCAACCAGUUCUCAGACAGCAAGCAACACAUCGAAGUCCUAAAGGAGUCCUUAACAGCAAAGGAACAACGGGCUGCCAUCUUACAGACAGAAGUUGAUGCACUACGCCUGCGAUUGGAGGAAAAAGAGGCAACCCUGAAUAAGAAAAGCAAACAAAUCCAAGAAAUGUCUGAAGAGAAGGGCACUCUUAACGGGGAGAUUCAUGACCUCAAGGACAUGCUGGAGGUUAAGGAGCGCAAAAUUAUUGUACUACAGAAAAAGAUUGAGAACCUACAGGAGCAGCUGAGAGACAAAGAGAAGCAGAUGAGCAGCCUCAAGGAGAGAGUCAAGUCUUUACAAGCAGACACGUCUAACACCGACACAGCACUGACCACACUGGAGGAGUCUCUUGCCGAAAAAGAGCGCAUUAUCGAGCGGCUCAAAGAACAGCGAGAUCGAGAUGACCGGGAGAAAGGGGAGGAGCUUGAGUGUGCCAGAAAAGAACUCAAGGAGCUCAAGGAGAGGUUUAGUUUGUUACAAGGAGAUCUGUCAGAUAGAGAGACUAAUCUGUUGGACCUCAAGGAGCAUGCCUCCUCUUUGGCCUCCUCUGGCCUGAAGAAGGACUCCAAAUUAAAAACAUUAGAAAUCUCCUUGGAACAGAAAAGAGAAGAGUGCCUGAAACUGGAAAGCCAACUAAAGAGGGCCCAGACAGCUGCCCUGGAGGCUCAGGCUAACACAGAGCUGGCCGAGCGCAUUAAAAACCUUGAACAGGAAGUCGCUCGUCACAAGGAGGAUUCUGGGAAGGCCCAAGCCGAGGUGGACCGCCUGCUAGAGAUCCUCCGGGAGAUGGAGAAUGAGAAGAAUGACAAGGACAAGAAGAUCAGCGAGUUGGAAAAACAAAUGAAGGACCAGACAAAGAAGGUUGCCUCACUGAAGCACAAGGAACAGGUGGAGAAGAGCAAAAAUGCUCGUCUCAUGGAGGAAGCCAGGAAGAGAGAGGACAACAUGUCCGAGAGCUCUCAGCAAGUCAAGGACACGUUGCGUCAGAAAUCAGAGCGGAUUGAGGAGCUGGAGGAGGCCUUGAGAGAGAGUGUUCAGAUCACAGCUGAGCGGGAGAUGGUUCUAGCACAAGAGGAGGCUGCCAGGGCUCACCAGGAGAAACAGAUGGAGGAGUUGCUGGGUGCUAUGGAAAAGGUCAAACAAGAGCUGGAGUCCAUGAGAGCCAAGCUUGCCUCUACCCAGCAGUCCCUGUGUGAAAAAGAAGCACACCUCACAACCCUUCGUGCAGAGCGCAGAAAGCACCUGGAGGAGGUGCUGGAGAUGAAGCAAGAGGCGCUGUUGGCUGCCAUCAGUGAAAAGGAUGCAAACAUCGCACUGCUGGAGUUGUCUUCAUCCAAGAAGAAGAAGACUCAGGAUGAGGUGGCUCUGUUGAAACGGGAGAAGGACAGGCUGGUGCAGCAGUUAAAGCAGCAGACCCAGAACAGAAUGAAGUUGAUGGCAGACAACUAUGAAGACGAUCAUCUAAAAACUGCCCACGACCAAACCAAUCACAAACCCUCUCCAGACCAGAUGAUCCCCCCUCUUGUAGCCCUGUCCCAGAAUCGCAGCAAGCUCAAACUCUACAUUGCCCACCUGACCGACUUGUGCCACGAGAGGGACCCCAGCAUCCUCAGCCAGCUCACGCCCCCUUCACACUACCACCACAGCGACCCAGAUGGCUGGGAGGACGAGCUCCAGAAGAUGACCCACCAACAGUUGGAACGGGAGCUGGAGUUGUGUGAGAAGGAGAGUGCAGAGCUACAAGAAUAUGCCAACUGUGUCCUCCAGCAGAUCGCCGAUUACUGCCCCGACAUCUUAGAGCAAGUCGUCAACGCUCUGGAGGAGUCGUGCUAACCCACAGACCCAGUGGAGCUAGCCCUGACCUUAGUAAAAACCUUUAGAGACCUACAACUGCUCAAAAGAGAAGCUUCAGGGUAUAGUUACACCUACCUGAGCAUCCUCAUCUUUCUCUCCUCACCCACCCUAGAAAAAAUAUGACUUUUAAGGCUUUGUUGUCACGUGUAAAUCAGAUGUCAGACUUGCAAAUUUAACAAAUCAGGGACUCACACUUAGGUAUUGUUUUAUCAAACUACAAAUUAACUUCACAGGUCCUAUAUUAUGCAAAAUUGACUCCUACGAACUUUUAGCCAUGUUAGUGCUGUUACCUCCUCAAAAACCUUCCUGGAGUUGUGUUGUGUGUUGAGUAGUUUCAUUUCAUGUUGGAGCAAUCCUGCAAAGCAGAAAAUGCUCUGUUCCACCUUCUGAUGUCAUUAAGUGCUAGUUUUAAAGUUAUUAACUAUUUUUAUCUGGAACAGCUUUAAGCUACAAUACACUACUGUAACCUUAAGUUGUUGCUAUUUUAAAAAAUGUUUUGUUUUAACUUUUUUUCAGUUGAAAUGCCAGAGAAAGGCCACAAUAUCCAGCGGUGCACCGUGAAACAAAGAACAUGAAACGAGGCUCAAACAGUAGCUGUAGUUUCAAACCCAUAUCCUUCCUAAAUAUGCAGGAUUUGGGUGUUGAACAUGUGUGAAUGAAACAAAACACAACUCCUGGUCUGUUUUUGAUGAGGAAACAUUAGAACAUGUGCAAUAUAGGCCCUUUAAUUUAAAAUGCAAUAGUAAUUUCAGCAAAACUUAGUUUUUUGUUAUAUUUUAUUUCCAGAACACUCAAUGUAACAGAUCAUUGCACAGUCUUAGGCUUAACUGCCAACCUUACAUUAACUGAUCUCUGCAACAAUUUGUUAAGUAACCACAGUUACCUCAACAGCUCAUACAUUUGACAAUAAAGUCUUAUGAAAAACUAGGGAGCUGCUACAUCUCGAGAGAGAGAGAGAGGUGAGAAUCGCACGGAAAGUAAAAUAUUACAAAUGUCGCAUGUGCAAUAAGGUCACAGGUAAAUCUGCAUAGGAAGGAUUUGUUUGUUAGAAGAGUAGAUCUGCUUUACUGUGGACUGGUCAUCGGAAGGGGGAUCAGGGCAUGACCUUUGACACAAAUAAGGUCACUUACUUUAUAUUUUUAAGUUAAAUCUAGGUGGGAGAGGGGAUUAAAAGCUUUUUAUCAGUGGUGUACUAUUUCUUUCCAAUGGUUUUGCACAUGUAACUUGUUUAUGAGGUAUGCAAUGUUUGGUUCGAGGACAUUUUAGUGGCCUUUAGUGGAGCAUGCACAGACAUCAGUACUGGACCUAUCGCAGGGAGAUGGGAUUUCCCUGCAAUAUUGGUGCUAAGGCAUGGUGUACAAAUUUUUGACCCCAUUAAGAGAUUAUUCAUCCAAAGUUUGUAGGAAAAAAAAACAAAACAUCAAGCCCAUCAUUACUUUCUAGGCUCACAGAAAAAUGCAAGCAACAUCUUGUAUUUUUCCAAUCACUUACAAAUGCAAGUGAUACCUCUUUUAAUGUGUUUUUUGAAAUCUUCAGGGCUGAGAUUUUUAAUUACAAAGAAGUGCACAAUAUAUUUGCACGGAAUUACUCACAUUACAAAAUUUGACUUUGAAAUCAUUUUGUAAAUAUCAUAACUCGUACAGUAAUUGAAUAAAGGUAAUCAAGUGGAUGGUGUGCAUUCUUCAUAAAAAAGUUUGAAACACAGUGCAGUUUUUGUGUCCAAUUUUGUCUUCAGGACAAAGUGAGUGUGUGUGACAGUACUGCCAUAAGUUAUGGGAAGUCAUGUUCAAUAGAGAAUUAUAUAUAAAAAAAUAUGAAUUACAUAUUAUGAAAAUGUUUACUGUAUGGAUAUGCAUUGAAUGUUUGCACAGAAUUUAAAAGGGCGCAUUGCUCUGAUCAAAACGACCGUUGAAGUCAGUUUCCUCAGCAAAAAACUGAGAAGUGUCAAAAAAUACAUAAAUAAAUAAAAAAAAAACUAAAAAAAACUUGUGUCAAAAUAACGUGUGAACUCAAAUGUUUUUAAACCGUGACCGUGCGAUGGAAGCGUACUUUCUGGCAUUUAUUUUUAAUAGUCAAUUUUAUAUCUUUUACCAUUCAGUGAUGUUCUGUAUUAUUACUUCCAGUGUUGUCUGUAUUGUGUUUGUCGACUUUUCAUUUAAUGUCAAAGGCGAGUUUCUUGAUGUGUAAAAAUAAGUGUUCAUUCAUGUCUCAGGUGUAAAACCACAGUAUUACAGAGCAAGUGCUUUAUGUGCGAUCUGACUUCUAAACCUUUACAACUCAUACAGGACUAAGACAGGAGAGAUGUCAGGUGAAUGCUUAUUUUUGCUCAUAGUCUCAGUCUUUUCAUCGUCUGAAAUGCUGGCCUCCACAGGGGAAGCAUUUUCUUCUGAUUCUCCAUUACUUUGGCCUGUGUACCUGCCUUGCCUUAAUGUCAAAUUAAUCAUUCUUUUGACUUUUUAUUGUGGAACAGUUUAUUUUAUGGGGCUUGUGUAAAGUUCAAAUGAAAGAAAUGUACUGCCUUCAGUCGGUGUUAGAGUCAAACUGUGUGAAAAGAAAGCCUAACAGACAUGUUUGUGAGUUACAUUGGUUUUGUAUGUAUGUAAAUAAAUAAAUUAUAAGCCUUG